AUGCGAGGUGAUAUUAGGCAUAUUCCCUCUGCCAAGGCUCUGGCUGACAUCUUGAGGCAGCAGGGACCAAUCCCAAUAGCACACUGUGAAAGAGAGACUAUCUCGGCCAUAGAUACCUCCCCCAAAGAAAACACCCCAGUCAGGACAUCUUCCAAAAACCAUUACACCCCUGUGCGCACCUCCAAAAGUAACCCAGGUCACUAUGGAAAGGAUAUUUAUCGAAGUGGAGGGCCAGAUCUCCAUAAUUUCAUCUCCUCCGGGUUUGUCACAUUAGGAAGAGGACACACGAAGGAUGACCAAGAACAAAAUUAUAAUCACCUGAUACUAAACAGUGCCACCCAGACACCUACACAUGACAAGCCACGAAUGAACAACAUUCUCACUUCUGCCACCGAACCCUAUGAUCUGUCCUUCUCACGGUCCUUCCAGAACCUCUCUCACCUGCCACCAUCAUAUGAGUCUGCUGUAAAGACAAACCCAAGUAAAUAUUCUUCUCUGAAGAAACUAACUGACAAAGAGGCUGAUGAAUACUACAUGAGGAGGAGACACCUGCCUGACCUGGCAGCCCGAGGCACACUCCCUAUCAAUGUCAUCAAAAUGUCUCAACAGACCAACCACAGGGACAGGCCACGCCGUCCCAUCAGGGCCAUGUCCCAGGACAGAGUGCUGUCUCCUGAGAGGAUCAUGCCUGAGGAGUUUAGCAUGUCCUAUGAACGGAUCCUCUCAGAUGAGCAGCUUCUGUCUGCAGAACGCCUCCACUCCCAAGACCCCCUGCUCUCACCCGAGCGGUCGGGGUACCCCGAGCAGUCUAUGUCACGGGCAUUGUCACACACAGAUGUCUUUGUAUCAACACCUGUCUUGGAUCGCUACAGGAUGACAAAAAUGCACUCCCAUCCUAGUGCCUCAAAUAACUUGUACAAUACUUUAGGUAUGAACCCAACCUCCGCCAAGCGCCAAGCAUUCGCCUCCCGACGGCACAACACAGUAGAACAACUGCAUUAUAUUCCAGGACACCACCAUCACUACCGCACAGCGAGCAAAACAGAGGUGACUGUUUGAUAUGACCUUGUGCAUUGUAGAUACUCAUUAAGGACUGGGGUGGCCACAGCACCCCAUACUGCAGUGGCCUUAUAGGCCAAGAUAACCUCUAAUAACUCAGUGUCUGAAAAGACUUUUCUGACAGUCCCAUCCACGUUGUUUUUAAAAUCACUCCUUCAUCAGUGACAUAAGAAGAACCCAAGCAAGAAAACAGACAAUUGUGAGGGAUAAUAGAGGAAAUUUCCUGAUGUGCAUCAGUUUCUGUCAAAGAAAGCCAUAGUAGUAGAUGGCUCCUUCCAAGGGCUCAUCUGCAUUAUCUCAACAUUUCUAUGAAUUUAGGACUUUUCAGUUGCUACAAGUAGAAGCAAUCUCAUGCAGCCCAAGACAGGGAGGAGGAAAUACAGCAUCCCAUCCUGGCGGAAAGGGGCCCUGUUCUCAGUCCUAAUGUUAGUCCUCAUGUUUGGCCUUUCUGUAGCAAGUAGGUAAGCUUCUGUCUUCUGAGGAUCAUCUCCAGACAGCUCAGUAUCAGCCACCAUCUGUUCUUCCUCACCCUUGGAGCAAAUUCAAGGGCACACUUUCCUAGGGGACUGGCAGAUCUAGGGAGAAGUAAUAGCCUGGCUGAGAAAUAAAGUUUUAGUUUAUAUUAAAUAUACUCAUAAGAUAAAAAUAUAAUAGUGCCUACAAAUCGCCUGCUCUCUCAGUGUAGGAAGUAGUGGGGUUGAUGUGUUCAAUAAGCACAAAUAUGCUGAAAUGCUUGUUAGAUCCUUUUCUCCACUCAUUCUAGUAUCUUGGCAUCUCCAACAUGUAAAUAGAAAGGAGGAAUAGGGUUUCUCUUCCUCCAGCUUCUUGCCACUGCUGAACCUAAAGCACCAGAAAUCAUUCAGCUUCAAACUGCUGACCUGUGCUGGGGGAAGUCCUGACUCCACUGAGACCCCCGCAAGGCAAGGCUACCACACAUUUCACUGAGCCUGGAUAUCUCCCCAGAAAUUUAUUUUCCUGAUAGCAUUUUCCACUGGUCCACUUCCCCUGUGUCCAAACAUAUUUUCUCCUCUCAGUUACAACCUAGAACUCUAUAUGUAGCAAACCUUUUUCUAGCCCUUAGCAUAAGCACAAAGCUGAGGGUGUCUGCCUAUCAAAAAGCAGGUAGGUAAUUUUCCAUGGUUUACUCUCCAUGUAAUGCCCCCGCGCCCCCCCCCCAAAAACAAACAAACAAACAAACAAAAAACUUCCAAAUUCCAAUUCCACUGAGUACUAAUCCUAACCAUGAAGACAGUUACAUUUCAUGCAUAUAAAUUAUAUAUCCAGCAUAAUUAUAAUAAAUGGGCAUGUUGUAUAUCUGAUAUAAUGCUAAUUAGAUACUGUAUAUUUGUAAAAUCUUUAAAAUGUAGACUCAUGGGUCCAGAAUUUGUGAGGGUUUUAUCUUUGGCUUCCUAGCCAGAUUGGGUUUUUGUUGGUUUUUGUUGCUUUGGUUUUUGUUGGUUUUGGUUUGAUUUAUCUUUUUUUUCCUUUAUUUUUGUUCCAAUCAAAUUCUGUGGAACUAACUCACACUAGAACAUACUUCUGUGGCAGGACAGGGUCUCAGAGGUUUUGAAGGCCGGCCAGACCCGGUACUGAAACUGUUAGUGCUGGACACUCUCCAGUACUCACCGUCCAUGGUGUGCACUCAAAGUCCCACCACACGUACACACCCAUGCUGCCGAUCUGAACGGCAGGCGUGCUCCCUCCUCCAGGUGAAAUGAUGACUGACUUCAGGCUGUAAACGCAUUCCCAUACAGUGCUACUCUUUUCAUGCCCUACAUUCCUACACUGAGUCUUUUCCUACAUGGCUCUUCACUAAACUUCAUUUAAAUUAUCUCUGCCCUUCUCCCUCUCCUCUAAUACCUCCCACCUCCUGGCCUUAAUGACGUUCCCAGCUCAACACGUUGGUCCUGUAACACACAAUGAUUGUAGAUUGUUGUGAGCUUGAGUCUUGCAGAGGCUUAUGAUGCAGCACCAGGUUUUUCUGGUGCAGGGUAGGCAGGAAGAGCAUGUCGUCUUUCCCUGGUGGGAUAUCAAGAUAGACCUCAAGGGGGUGGCCAUGUGGCCUGUCCUGGGGCUGCUCAUCCUAAUUCAUGAGCUUUCUUCUGCCCCACCUGAUGGAGACUGUGUUCAGAAAGGACUCCAUCUGUGAGAAGUACUGGGGCUUUGUUUGACGGAAACUGAGCUGGGAAGGAAUAAAUAACAGUCUCCAUGGUUCAGAUGGUCAUUACUACACAGCCUUGGGCAAAAACAUUCUGGGCAACAACCAGAAUUGUCUAUGGAUCAGGGUGGCAGUUCAUGGCAUGGGAGGGAUGAGAGAGAAAAGGCUCAGACCUCAUCUCCUGACCCCUUCACUUGAUGGACACUUCUCUCCCCUGACUACCUCCAAGCUCCUCAGCUCAGUCACUGGAUAUUUCUUCACAGAAGGCAAACCCCGUGAAAAUAUUGUCCUUGCUGACCUUCCAACAGACUGAAGUUUGUGACUUUUGUGAAGAGAAGAGAAACACACAUGGCUGAUGAGGAGGCAGGGUCCUGGGGCUUUUCUGUUCUCUCUUGGCCUAAGCAAAGCCAGGAUAUUCCCCUCUGCAAGCAGGGAGAUGUGAACACUUUGGGAGAGGAGAGUCCACCCUAGAGUCUCCAGAAGUUGUGGCAGAGCCAGAGGAGCAGACGUGACCAUGUGAGGCCAUGGGUAGGUGAACACUCCUCGCUUUCCAUUUCCAUAGCUAUUUGUCUCAAGCUCUAGUCUUCGUCUAAAUGUUCCAUCUGUGAACUAAGAAGCUGCUGGAUCAGAUGCAAAUAUGGAAAUUUUUCACCCAAGUAGCCUGUGCAGAUGUUGUGCUGUGCUCCAGGCCAUUUGACCUCAGAGCCUUCUCUUAUUCUGACUGAAAAAUAUUACAGGCCCUCUGCUAACUUGUCCUGGGCAAUAACCCUCCAAAGAAAUCUUAGCCCCAUUUCCUCGUCUUUUCCACACACUCAACUGUUUCAAGCAGAUGCAUCCCACAAGAACCAUCAAAAAGCCUUUCCAGGCCAAAUCCCUUCAGACACUCUGCCGCCGCUGCCGAAAAUUUUCAGCAAAUUUCUUUGGGAAGGCACCAUGCCCUGGAUGACCACAAUUUGUUCCUGGGCACUAUGUGUGCCCAUGUCUUGCUUUGUGUGCUGGAAUGGGUUGGUAGCUAAAGCAGUGACAUUUCAGCACACAUAGGUGUUCUUAUGUCAUUUUUUUCCUUAUUCCUCAUUCUGAGAGUUUGUCACUGAAAGGACACUUGGUCCAGGACUGGGUGUCAUGAUCCACAGCCUGGUCCCCAGCACUUCGGUUCCCCGUGGCCAAUAUGUGAUGUUAAUGGUAAAAUUUUCCUAUUCCACGGAGGCAUUAUGAGAGUUCAUACCAUAAUGUCUGUGAAGUGCUUUGAGACCCUCUCACAACAGACACUGUAGAACAGCAAAGCAUUUUUACUGAUAUUGUUUGUCACCAUUGUCCUGCCACAUCACGUCUGAUGUGUUGCAAUCCAGUAUCUGUCCAGAAUGAGAGUGCUGCGGUGGGGGGAUGCAGUUCCCAGGCUUCCCAUGGCUCUCCUUCUGGUCCGGGUCCCUAGCAGGCAGCAGCUGUAAGGGAUGCUGUUACCUGCACUUUGACGUUUCUGCUGUCUUCUCAUGUCUGAGUCACCGUACCAUUCUGUACUCAGGAGAAAAGCAGGAAGCAGUCACUUUCCUCUGUACAGUAAAAUAUAAUCUGCCUUGAUUAAUCUAAUAUACUCUGAAGAAUUGAUCUGUCUUUUUCUCCAACCCACAGGUGGAAACACACAUCUGUGGAGUGUCCAGUUCCCAGAGUGCAUGUGCAGGGACUGAGGGAGGGUGAUGUAGAAAAGUUUAUAUUAUUUCCUACAAACUGAUCAUUAUUUGCAUUCCCCAAGCAGCAAUGCAUAAUAGUGAGCUGCACUGGAUUUUAUACAACUCUCUCUAAUACAGAAACAUGUAUGUAUAUGUAUGUACACACAGACAGAUAUAUAUACAUACAUACUGUAAAAUGCAAUCAUUAAGUUCUGACUGACCCUGUACCAGUCUAAUCUUCCAAACUAUAUUGAAUCACUCUUUGAAAUGUGGCAAACUAUUUUUAAUGAACCACGCAGAUCACCACAUGGAAUGGAAAUUUUGUCAUAAAAGUCUUCUAAUGCCAGUGAAUUGUGUUUUAAGGAAAAAUGAAAUAUUUUUCAAUGUUUUAAUGUUCCUUUUAUAAAUGAUGAUCUGUUA